CCCGAAUGUUUGUUUGUAAAGAGAUCAUGAUUAUAUCACUUGAAACUAUACUUGAGUCAAAAUCUUGUGCGUGAACUAUCUUCACUGUGUGCCUUUUUUUUUUUUUUAUAAUAAUCUCUCUCUCACUUUCGGAUCCAAGUCUUGACUAAAUCGGGGAUUGAUAAAACUCCGAAGGUAUAUUAAAUAGACCUCAGUGCUUCAGGCAUCAAAUCAAGUUAGUCUGCUACAAAAGAUGAACUGGGUUAUGAUUAAUGUACUCUAAGACAUCUAUUUUGAUUAGAUAGCAUUGGCUUCAUCUGUAUGGUUCUCCCUCCCUGGAAACCCGUACCGUAUGAAAUUUUGAACUUUCUGAAGAGUUUUGAGGAAUGAAAAGUAAAACUUGGAGAUGGGUUUUAGGGUUAAUAUAUAUACUUGCUGUUGCAACCAUUUGGAUUGCAGCUAGUUUUGUAGUUCAGUCAGUUGUUGAUGGGGGCGUUUCACCAUUUCUCGUCACGUAUAUAUGCAAUUCGUUGUUUAUAAUAUACAUUCCGUUGGUAGAAAUCGGGCGUUAUCUGGAGGAUAAAUAUGGGAGUUUGCUGUUCUGGAGAAGUAGAGAUAAUAGUAACUCAUCAGGACUACAAGAAUCAGAGGUGAGUAAUCUUCUUGUAGAAAAAGAUGUGCGUGCUCAGGACAAUGGACUAGGCGUUAGAACUGUUACAGAAGGAGUUAAUCUUCAGGAUGAUGCUACAUUAAGAACUAAUGUUGCGCCGGAGCAACAUGUCAUUGGAGAUCCCAGCAGUGAAUUGGACUCAAAAGGGCGUUGGACUCGUACAAGACUCGCAAAAGCUAGCCUUUUGGUUUGCCCAUUCUGGUUUCUUGCACAACUUUCAUUUAAUGUUUCUCUGAAGUAUACUACUGUCACGUCAAAUACCAUUUUAAGCAGUUCAUCAAGCCUCUUCACCUUUCUGGUGUCUCUUGUAUUCUUGGGAGAGAAGUUCACUUGGAUAAAGCUAUUCAGUGUUCUCCUAUGCAUGGGAGGCACAAUAAUUGUCAGUCUAGGUGACUCAAAAUCUGGAAUGAGUGCAACGGCUUCAAACCCCCUUGUUGGAGAUAUUCUUGCUCUUGUUUCAUCGGCCUUCUAUGCUGUUUACGUUACCCUUAUCCGUAAAACCCUACCUGAUGAAGAUGACCAUGCAAAAACUGGGAAGGUCAGCAUGGCUCAGUUUCUCGGAUUUUUGGGGCUAUUUAACCUGUUACUUUUCUCACCUAUUGCCAUCAUUCUUCAUUUGGCCAAUCUGGAGCCUUUUGAUACCAUUAGCCGGAAGCAAUUUGGCCUAAUUGUGGGAAAAGGUCUACUGGAUAACGUGCUGAGUGAUUACUUAUGGGCAAAAGCUGUGUUACUUACAACCACAACAGUAGCAACAGCAGGUCUCACAAUUCAAGUGCCCUUAGCUGCUAUUGUGGAUUCCGUUAUAGGAAAUGCACCUAGUUUCAUGGACUAUAUUGGAGCUGCUGCAGUCAUGGUAGGGUUUGCCGGCAUUAACGUUCCUUCAGAUACAUGUUCAGCCCCAGAAGAAGCCUGUCUUGAACUUGAAGAAAAUCCCACAACUACUGAUGAAUGACCCAUUAACGUUCAACAUUGCUUAUCCAAACCAUCAGGUACAGCCUAGAAUGUAAACCUAUGUGUGUUUAGUAUAUAGUGUGUUUUUUCCGACAGAGCCUACACAAAAGUUCUUUACUGUUAUUCUUAAAUUCUUAAUUGAUGUUUCACACAAAUGUACGUUAAAUGGUUAGAUAUAGUUAUUCUUAAUGCAUAGAGACUUCUAUUCAGUUUAA